GUGUUGUAGGUGAUGGAUGUUUAGUGGGAGGGCUGUGGAGUUGUGUUGGUGUGAAGCUGCUUCUUUGAGACAGUUUCCUGCUCAUCUUCAGGCAGUGUGCAGCUUGUAGCUGGGUGGCAUCACCUCCAGAAGGCAGCCGUUAAUUGGGUUACUUCUGUCAGCUCUGGCAAUGGGCGGUAUCUUUGGCAAGAACAAGAGGCUCUGUGUGUUUCCCAGGAAAGUUGUUUUCUGUAAGGCCAAGGGAAAAAAGACAUCAGGAGCUGCACAUAUGUCCCACGAUGCUUCAACAUGGACUGGGGAGAACCAUUUUCACUUGGCACGUAUAGGAAGGACCCCAGAAAGCCCUGAACCUUCUCUUGCAGAAUCAGAUAUUCCUGAAGGUGAGCCUGCUGCUCAAACUCAAAGGGACACAGGAGAUCCAGCUGCACCUCUGCAUGCACAGCACACUGAGACCCCACUUACUGCCUCUGCUACAGAGGCACAGGAUGGUGAGGUGCCACAGGACCCUGAAGCCAAACCUAUCACAGAGGAGACACAACAUCAGGAACCUGUUGAACAGACAAAACAAGAAGCCCGGUCUGCCAGGAGAAGCCUACAAGAGACCAGUGAAGCUCAAGCUGUUGAGCAGCCUACUGGUGGCUGUAAAGCCAGUGAGCAACUCAGCUGUGAGGGUAAUAAAGCAAGAUCUCCUACACAGACUACAGUAGAGGUUGAUGUCCAUGUGUGUGCAGAAGUCCAAGGUGUACCCAGUAAAGAUCAGUCUGUGGAGUCUGAGCAGCCGCAUCAUGCAGAAGAAGAUGCUGCAGUUGCUUGUGUUUCAGAGGAAACUUGUGAGGAAAAGAUACAUGAGGAAGUGCCUGUGGAGAGGACAGCUGAGUCCCCAGCUGCGUUGUGUAACAUGGGAGCAUCAGAGAUCUCUCUGAAGGCCACAGAGACAAGAGAGGGCAUCACAAAUGUGCAGAGAUCCGCAGAAAAGCAGACAGUGGAAGAAAAAGCAUGCUGUGCUGCUAAGGCCCCACCUGAUCUCCAGCUGGAAGAAGACGCAGAGGUUGUUAUUAGCGAGUAUGUGGAAGAAAAUGCUUCUGAGUCAGAGCAAGCUGGAGAAAUGGCUGAGGUUGGUGAUGACGGGCAAACAUCAAAAGAGAUCCCAUGCUGUCUGGCAGAAACUCUGACUGCUCUGCAGGAUAAGGAGAUGAUUAAAGCUAGCAAUGGGGGAGAACCAGCCUGCUGCAGAGAACUGCUGGAAGAGCACCUGAAAUCUGAUGCAGCAACCACUGAGCAGACUCAGGGUUUGUCUGCUGCAGAGUGAGCCUGCUGCCUUGAUCCUGCAAGGAGCCAAGAUGGGCAAGUACCCGAUGGGUGCUUGUAUCCUAAAGGACUUGGGACAGGGUGGUCAUUAAAUCCUGCUUUGAAAAGUGGUACUGCACUUCAGGCUGGGAUAUAGCCUUCUGCAGGUGGCACCAAUUACUGUCCUUCCCUAGUUGGGGGGUGGUAUGAGGUGAUGGGAUAUGGGCAAGUGUACCUCAGUACAAGUAUGUUUAUGUAGAUAACUUCCCUGUCUCCUCCACAUUCACACACACCCAAGCUAGGGCUAGCACUUGAUAACUUUCUCUGUGUGACUGCACAGGGUUAAGUCUUCUCUGACAAACAAGCCAGACCUACUAAUUAUUCUUGUCUGUAUACCCUACUCUGACUGUCACUGCUUGAAACUAUGCUGAAAUGCUGUGUGGAUUGUGAAGUCUGUGCUGCAAUUGUAAUCAAUAAAGGGGCAUAUUUUAAUGCUGA